GCAAAAAUGUCUUCCAUUCUCCUCCACACCACCAACACCAUCUCUAGUACUUCUCCUUCCUCUACAACCACCACUUUUUCCAACUUGCGUUCUUCUCCUAAUUUCUUUACAAAGACAUCAAAAGUUUGCUCCAUCAGAAAGCAUAAUGGCCAUCGUAAUUUCCAAGUCUCAUGCAAAACCACAGAAGAUGAUCACGGCCACAACUCUCCCAUUGACAUUUCCAAAAGCACAGAUUCUUUAAGCCAUAAGAUGGAUAGAAGAAACAUGCUACUUGGAUUAGGAGGUCUUUAUGGCGCUUCUACUAUUGUUGGUGGUCAUCCGUUUGCCUUCGCGGCUCCAGUGAAUGGUCCCGACGUUACUCAAUGUGGCCCCGCAAAUUUGCCUCCAGGUGCAUCACCGGUCAAUUGUUGUCCUCCGACGACGGGGAAUAUCAUCGACUUCCAGCUUCCACCACCAUCCACCACACCCCGUACUCGGCCAGUAGCUCACUCCGCGGAUAGUGCCUAUAUAGAGAAAUUCAACAGAGCUAUUCAACUCAUGAAACAACUUCCGGACGAUGAUCCACGUAGCUUCAGGCAACAAGCAAAUGUUCAUUGUGCUUACUGUGAUGGUGCUUAUGAACAAUUAGGUUUCCCAAAUACUGAGCUGCAAGUUCAUGGCUCUUGGCUCUUCCUCCCUUUUCAUCGUUGUUAUCUCUAUUUCUUCGAAAGGAUCUUGGGAAAUUUAAUCGAUGAUCCCACCUUCGCGAUGCCAUUUUGGAAUUGGGAUCAUCCUGAUGGCAUGCGCAUUCCUGCCAUGUACACAAAUCCUAGUUCUCCUCUCUAUGAUCCUCUCCGUGAUCGGAGGCAUCAGCCUCCGACUUUGGUGGAUCUGGACUUCGAUGGGACUGAUCCUAACAUAAGUAACACUCAACAAACUUCUCAAAAUCUCACAGUUAUGUAUAGACAAAUGGUGUCACUCGGAAGCACUCCGGAGACUUUCCUUGGAGACCCUUACCGCGCUGGUGGCGAGCCCGGUGGCGCUGGGUCCCUCGAGAACAUUCCACACGGUCCGGUUCAUGUUUGGACUGGUGAUAGAACCCAACCUAAUUUUGAAAACAUGGGAGAUUUUUAUUCAGCUGCUAGAGACCCUAUUUUCUAUGCUCAUCAUUCUAAUAUUGAUAGAUUAUGGAUUGUCUGGAAAACCCUAGGAGGCAGACGUCAAGAUUUCACCGACCCUGAUUUUCUAAACGCUUCGUUUAUAUUUUAUGAUGAAAAUGCACAAAUGGUACGUAUUAGGGUUCGUGAUUGUUUGGAUGCAAGAGGACUCGGAUAUGUAUAUCAAGAUGUAACGAAUCCAUGGCAGAAUUCGCGUCCGACGCCAAGGGGUUCGAGGGCUAGAGCAUCUGCUAAUAAUGAUCAACGUAAUUUUCUAAGUCCAAAAGAAAUUUUCCCAACGAAACUUGACCAUGUCAUAAACGUCAUGGUGAAAAGGCCAAACAAGAAAAAGAGGAGCAGGAAGGAGAAAAAAGAGAAAGAAGAGAUUUUAGUGGUUGAAGGAUUAGAGUUGGAGCGUGAUGUUUUUGUUAAGUUUGAUGUGUUGAUUAAUGAUGAAGAUGAGACUUUAAUUUCACCAGAUCAGGCUGAGUUUGCCGGAAGCUUUGUGAAUGUGCCGCAUCAUAAUCAUGGUACUAUUAAGAAAAAACGUAAUACAAAGUUAAAGUUGGUUAUAACUGAGCUAUUGGAGGAUUUGGAUGCUGAGGAUGAUGAGAAUGUGUUGGUGACUUUUGUACCCAAGCAUGGCUCUGGUGCUGUCCAAAUUGGUGGUGUCAAGAUUGUGCUUGAUUAGAAAAAAGAAGUAAUUAUAAUUAUUUCAUGAUGUAUUCUUCUAUAUGUGGUAUCCUACUGUUUAUGAAUGUUGCAUUGGACAGCGUUAUUCGUGGAUACACGCUGUUUCUGAUUUAUGUAUAUUGCAACUGUUUGCAUGGAAUAAAGGAAGAAAAUUUAGUUGUA